AUGGCUAGAACUUUCUUCGUCGGUGGUAACUUCAAAUUGAACGGUGACAAAAAAUCUAUCAAGGAAAUCGUUGAAAGAUUGAACACCGCUAACUUGGCUGAAAACGUUGAAGUCGUUAUCUGUCCACCAGCUGCUUACAUCGACUACACUGUCCAAUUGGUUAACAAGCCACAAGUCACUGUCGGUGGUCAAAACACUUACUUGAAGGCUUCUGGUGCUUUCACUGGUGAAAACUCUGUUGACCAAAUCAAGGACUUAGGUGCUAAAUGGGUCAUCUUAGGUCACUCUGAAAGAAGAACUUACUUCCACGAAGAUGACAAGAUUGUUGCUGACAAGACUAAGUUUGCUUUAGACAACGGUGUUGGUGUCAUCUUGUGUAUUGGUGAAACUUUGGAAGAAAAGAAGGCCGGUAUCACUUUGGAAGUUGUUGAAAGACAAUUGAACGCUGUCAUUGCUGAAGUUAAGGACUGGACUAACGUUGUUAUUGCUUACGAACCAGUCUGGGCUAUUGGUACUGGUUUAGCUGCCACUGCUGAAGAUGCUCAAGACAUCCACGCUUCCAUCAGAAAGUUCUUGGUUUCCAAGAUCGGUGAAAAGGCUGCUGAAGAAAUCAGAAUCUUAUACGGUGGUUCCGCUAACGGUGGUAACUGUUCUACUUUCAAGGACAAGAAGGACAUUGACGGUUUCUUAGUCGGUGGUGCUUCUUUGAAGCCAGAAUUUGUUGACAUUGUUAACUCUAGAAUGUAA